GUGGGCAGAGCCAUCAGGCAGAGAGACAGUGACACAGACAGGAGGACACAGAGACAGACAGACAGACAGACAGAGGGAUAGCAGGCUGAGCUCCGGCAGUCAGUCGGUCGGUCGGUCGGUCGGUAUGUAGCAGCAGCGGAGGAUUAUCAGAGGAUUAUAAUCUAACCCCGCCGAGGAUGAGCCGCUCCCCGGCCGCCUGAAGGAGACUCAAACCCCGCCGUUAUUCCGCUCAUCUUCUCCGUCUGGACCAAAAUGGCGAACGAGUCCCCGGCCAAGAGUCUGGUGGACAUAGACCUGGCGUCCCUCAGGGAUCCAGCCGGAAUAUUCGAGCUGGUGGAGGUGGUCGGAAAUGGGACCUACGGACAAGUCUACAAGGGUCGACAUGUCAAGACGGGUCAGCUGGCGGCCAUCAAGGUCAUGGACGUCACCGAGGAUGAAGAGGAGGAAAUUAAGCUGGAGAUCAACAUGCUGAAGAAGUACUCCCACCACAGAAACAUCGCCACCUACUACGGAGCCUUCAUCAAGAAGAGUCCUCCAGGUCACGACGACCAGCUCUGGCUGGUGAUGGAGUUCUGCGGUGCCGGUUCCAUCACAGAUCUGGUGAAGAACACCAAAGGAAACACGCUGAAGGAGGACUGGAUCGCCUACAUCUCCAGAGAGAUCCUCAGGGGAUUGGCUCACCUGCAUGCUCAUCACGUCAUCCACCGUGACAUCAAGGGUCAGAACGUGCUGCUGACGGAGAACGCUGAAGUCAAGCUGGCUCCUGCAGCUCUGUGCGACAUGCAUCCAAUGAGAGCCCUCUUCCUCAUCCCCAGAAACCCUCCUCCUCGACUGAAGUCCAAAAAAUGGUCGAAGAAGUUCUUCAGCUUCAUCGAGGGCUGCCUGGUGAAGAACUACACUCAGCGUCCUCCGACCGAGCAGCUGCUCAAACACCCCUUCAUCCGGGACCAGCCCAACGAGAGGCAGGUCCGCAUCCAGCUCAAAGACCACAUCGACCGGACCAAGAAGAAGAGGGGAGAGAAGGAUGAGACAGAGUAUGAAUACAGCGGUAGUGAAGAAGAGGAGGAGGAAGCAUCUGAGCAGGAAGGAGAGCCCAGCUCCAUCGUCAACGUGCCAGGCGAGUCGACUCUUCGCCGUGACUUUAUCCGGCUGCAGCAGGAGAACAAGGAGCGCUCGGAGGCGCUGCGUCGUCAGCAGCUCCUCCAGGAGCAGCAGCUCCGCGAGCAGGAGGAGUACAAACGGCAACUGCUGGCUGAGAGGCAGAAACGUAUCGAGCAGCAGAAGGAGCAGAGGAGGCGGCUGGAGGAGCAACAACGGCGUGAGCGUGAGAUGAGGAGGCAGCAGGAGCGCGAGCAGCGCCGACGUGAGCAGGAGGAGAAGAGACGCAUCGAGGAGAUGGAGCGACGCCGCAAAGAGGAGGAAGAGCGCAGGAGGGCCGAGGAGGAGAAGAGGAGGGCUGAUCGAGAACAGGAGUACAUCCGGCGUCAGCUGGAGGAGGAGCAGAGGCACCUGGAGAUCCUGCAGCAGCAGCUGCUCCAUGAACAGGCCAUGCUGCUGGAGUAUAAAUGGCGGGAGCUGGAGGAGCAGCGACAGGCCCAGAAGCUCCAGAGACAGCUGCAGCAGGAGCAGGCCUACCUGCUGUCCCUCCAGCAGAACCAGAACCUGGAUCUUAACAAAACAGCCCAUCAACAGAGCCCCAAACCCCCACAGAGCCUGGACCAGGACAGGACGAAGCCCUCCCAGAGCCUGGACCAGGACAGGACGAAGCCCCCCAAGAGCCUGGACCAGGACAGGAUGAAGUCCCCUCAGAACCUGGACCAGGACAGGACAAAGCCCCCCCAGAGCCUGGACCAGGACAGGAUGAAGUCCCCCCAGAGCCUGGACCAGGACAGGACGAAGCCCCCCCAGAGCCUGGACCAGGACAGGACGAAGCCCUCCCAGAUCUUGGACCAGGACAGGACGAAGCCCCCUCAGAUCUUGGACCAGGACAGGAUGAAGCCCCCUCAGAUCUUGGACCAGGACAGGACGAAGCCCCCCCAGAGCCUGGACCAGGACAGGACGAAGCCCUCCCAGAUCUUGGACCAGGACAGGACGAAGCCCCCUCAGAUCCUGGACCAGGCCAGGACGAAGCCCCCCCAGAGCUCUGAACCGGACCCAACUAAACUACCGCAGCAUACAGACUCUGAAAAGACGAGUCAGAGUCACAGUCUGAAGAAAACUACACAACCCAGGCUUCCUGUCGCUGAGGUCGAAGGCCCCGCCCCUGACUCUGAGCCAAUCAGAGAGGCUGACGAGCGAUACCGGAAGAACAUCCAAGGUUCUCCUCAGGCAGCUCAGACCAAACCACAGCAACCUCCGGUGCCACCGCGCUCUGAGUCCUCCUAUCCCAACGGGAACUCGGCGUCUGAAGCGCCCGCCAUGCACCGGCCUGUGGAACCACAGGUCCGUUCCCACCUGGCUGCUUUAAAGAGCAGCGUCAGCGUGACCUCAUCAAACUCCACCGUUACCACGCCGCCCACUGUGUCGCGGUCGCACUCCUUCAGCGAACCGCUCGCCCCUAGCUUUGAAAACCUUCACCUUCGCCAGGAACCCCACCAUCACCCUCCAUCUUCUUCACCAUCCUCCUCAUCAUCAACGCCUGCACGCACUGACCCACAACAACAUUCUCAGCAUAGGCCCUCGCCGCAUGAAGCGUCUCCCUCAGAGGAGGCCCCGCCCAGGGUUCCUGUAAGGACUACGUCAAGGUCCCCGGUGUUGUCAAGGCGAGACUCGCCUCAUCACCACGGCAACGCCUCACACAGCAGCCAUGCCGUGCACCGCACCGCCGCCAGCGCGGCAGAGCCUCGGCUGCUGUGGGAGCGAGUGGAAAAACUGGUUCCCAGACCGACCAGUAACACCGGCAGCGGAGGCUCCAGUUCCUCCAGCAGCUCCAGUAACUCCAGCUCUCAGCCCGGCUCUCACUGCGGCUCUGGAGAGAGGUUCAGGGCCCGCUCCUCCAGCAAAUCAGAGGGCUCACCGCUCCAACGUCCAGAGAACGCUGGGAAAAAACCAGAGGAGAGAAAGGACGUGGUCAGGCCAAAUAGACCAGCGGACCUGACGGCGCUCGCCAAGGAGCUGCGAGCGGUGGACGACGUCCGUCCUCCAAACAAGGUGACGGAUUAUUCGUCUUCCAGUGAAGACUCAGACACCACUGAUGAAGACGACGAUGAAGAGGUAGACCAGGAGGCAGGCGAAGAGUCAACCUCCGGCCCGGAGGACUCCAGAGCUGUGUCGUCCAGGCUGAGUAACGGAGAGACGGAGUCGGUGAAGACUAUGAUCGUUCAUGAUGAAGGCGAGAGCGACGCAGGCUCGACGCCCUGCAAAGACAGCACACUGAUCGUCAGACAGAGCCAGUCCAGUAACAACAUGCAGAAACACAAGUCUUCUUCCUCCUUCACUCCGUUCAUCGACCCACGCCUCCUCCAAGUCUCUCCAUCCACCGGCAGCGCCCUCAACAACGUCGGCUACGGGAACGAUGCCCGGCUGGCAGAGGCGCUGAGGGCCGACCCAUCUCGGAAGGGCUCCGUGGUCAACGUGAACCCGGUAAACACUCGCCCACAGAGCGACACACCGGAGAUCCGCAAAUACAAAAAGAGGUUUAACUCUGAGAUCCUGUGUGCUGCGCUCUGGGGUGUGAACCUGUUGGUGGGAACAGAGAGUGGUCUGAUGUUGUUGGAUCGCAGCGGUCAGGGGAAAGUUUAUCCUCUCAUCAACCGACGGCGCUUCCAGCAGAUGGACGUCCUGGAGGGACUCAACGUCCUGGUCACUAUAUCAGGUAAGAAGAACAAGCUGCGAGUUUACUACCUGUCCUGGCUGAGGAACAAGAUCCUGCACAAUGAUCCUGAGGUGGAGAAGAAACAGGGCUGGACCACCGUCGGAGACCUGGAGGGCUGCGUUCAUUACAAAGUUGUAAAAUAUGAGAGGAUCAAAUUCUUGGUUCUGGCUCUGAAGAACUCGGUGGAGGUCUACGCCUGGGCACCAAAACCUUACCACAAGUUCAUGGCCUUCAAGUCUUUCGGUGACCUGGUUCACAAGCCGCUGCUGGUCGACCUGACUGUGGAGGAAGGUCAGAGGUUAAAGGUCAUCUACGGCUCGUGUUCAGGCUUCCAUGCUGUGGACGUGGACUCUGGGGCUGUGUACGACAUCUACCUGCCGACACAUAUCCAGACCAGCAUCCAGUCUCACGCCAUCAUCAUCCUGCCCAACACCGAUGGCAUCGAGCUGCUGGUCUGCUACGAGGACGAGGGUGUUUACGUCAACACCUACGGACGCAUCACCAAGGACGUGGUGCUGCAGUGGGGGGAGAUGCCGACCUCCGUGGCCUACAUCCGAUCCAACCAGAUCAUGGGCUGGGGAGAGAAGGCCAUCGAGAUCCGCUCGGUGGAGACCGGCCAUCUGGACGGCGUCUUCAUGCACAAGAGAGCUCAGAGACUCAAGUUUCUCUGUGAGAGAAACGACAAGGUGUUCUUUGCCUCCGUUCGGUCUGGAGGCUCCAGCCAGGUCUACUUUAUGACUCUGGGCCGAAGCAACCUGCUCAGCUGGUAGAGGUCCAUGCCCUGCCCUCCUCCUCCUCCUUCUCCUCAUCCUCCUCAUUGUCCUCCACCCUCGCUAACACUGGAUCUCAGAACCCACCGUCGAUGUCUUGUCAACCCUCGGACAACCACAAGAGAACAAAAUCAACAGCCAACCAGCAGCGAAGACUUCUUCACCUUCCUCUGGCUUUGCUUGCAUCAGAGCUCCGAGGCCGCCUGCGACGCAGCGACAAGCCGUGAAGUCGUCGCCCCCUGAAAUGAUGAAAUCAAUGAUUAAUUAAUAUAUGAAAAGAAGUAGAAAUAAAUUCAAUGUGAAUUCAAGACAAGGGGGCAAAUGACUUUGUGUUUCCCUCUCGGUUUUCUUGGUGCUCAUCAGUUUGUGAUGGGACAGAUUUUUGUACCUCUGCAUCAUCUCUGUGCUCCUGGGCUGGUCAGUAAGCUUGAGGUCUUCUAACUACUCGUACUGCUACUACUAUUAUUACUAGUACUGCUACUACCUUCUGCAGGUCUGCCUCUCAUCAGAGAGUUCCCCCUCUGCCCUGUAUUCCUGCCCUCCGCCCUUUCGUAUGAGUGUAUCGUGGGGCCAGAGGGGCAGAGUCUGUUGUAUUAAAGCUACAGUAGUGUGUGUUAAUGUACUUCUGUUUGGUCCAAUUACUGCUGACGUGCUGGUUCAAGGUUGAGACUGUCAGCCGGGACAGACUGACUUGUCACGGAGCCGGUCAGGGUUAGGGAUAGACUGACUCGUCACAGAGCCGGUCAGGGUUAGGGACGGACUGACAAGCAGAGCAGAAUAUUUGAGGUUCUACUGUAAGUCUGAUCGAUGGGACUCGACAGGUGGGCGUGUGUGUGUGUCGUUGAAGUAUCGUGUUGUUUGGACAGGUGCUUUAAAAGGAGGAGGAUGACAGAGAGAGAGAGACGCUGAAGCAGACGGAUUUCAAAAUAGUAUUUUUUGAAUUAUUAUUAUUAUGAUUAUUAUUAUUAUUCCUUGAAGAUAAGUGUAACUAUGUGGAGUGUCUUUAACCUUGUUUUUUAAGAUUUACGCACAUCCACCCACAGUUUGCUUGCUUUGACUCUGAACCCCCAGACUGUGUAUUUGUCCGAGAGGAAGUGAUGUGGGCGUGGUCCAAAAGAUUAAAUAAGAUUAAAGUUGUCUAUGUAAAAUAAAAGUUCGUUGAAUCUUCCAGAUAGUGUCAGUGGUCCUGUUUCAACUGGUCCAAUGUGACCAUCAUCUCGGGUGAUCGGGAGGUCGGCCGAUCUCAACUCGAGAACUGCUGUGAAUAGUUGGAUAUAAAAAAGAUUCGGAUAGCGAUACAGUCGAGGAGAAAGUUCAGUAUGUGUGUGUGCGGUCAGAGAGUUGAGUGUCAUCAAUGAAUCAGGUUUUUGUGGCAGAGGUAAACGCGUGGUCGGCAGGUUUGCUUCAGCAGUUUUUUUUCUAUCUUCCAUUUCAGAUCAUUUUCAUUUGUAUCAUUUGUAUGAAUGCAAUGCACUAUGUGUCAAGAAUGUAGAAAGACUUAUUACUGUGUGGUGGUCCAAGGCAUGAGAUGAUGUUUUUACUUUGUAUCUUGUCAAGUGAUCAAUCCUAGAUGUUCAAUUUAAGACGACUGAAAGCUGCAGCAGCGGAGCCUCUAUGUCAGGUGUAGAUAUUUUAUUCUGUAUUUGUAACAGCUGUGAGAAUCUGUGCAGAAGCUCAGAGCACUUCAGAGCUGACGAGGGUUUCCUGCAUCUUUCCCAUCAAUGAGGACGUAAACCUUCUCAACACAAUGUCAGACUCUGGAUUUCAGUGUUACUGUGAUGAAAGGAACGAGCAACACGGAGCAGAACUUUUUCCUCACUCAGCUGUUUGUGCAGAAGACGGAAACCCACUUUUUGGGGAAGGAAUAGUUUUCUCUACUUCCUGCUCUGGCCGUUAUUUAAGUUGUCUGUAUAUGUGAAAGACUGGGCAGCAGACUGCAGCAUCGACCUCCUGCAGUGUCGAUCUCCUGCAGCAUUGAUCUAUUGAUCUCCUGCGGCGUCGAUCUGCAGCGUCGAUCUCCUGCAGCAUCGAUCAAUCUCCCGCAGUGUUGAUCUCCUGCAGCGUUGAUCUAUUGCAGCAUCAUUCUCCUCCAGCAUCAAUCUGCAGCGUCAAUCUCCCGCAGCAUUGAUCUCUUGCAGCAUUGAUCUGCGGCGUCAAUCUCCUGCAGCAUUGAUCUGCGGCGUCAAUCUCCCGCAGCAUUGAUCUCCUGCAGCAUUGAUCUGCGGCGUCAAUCUCCUGCAGCGUCGAUCUCCUGCAGCGUUGAUCUCCUGCAGCGUCGAGCUCUUGCAGCUGAUUUUCCACAGCGACUCUCAAAGAUUGCACACUGAAAAAAAAGGGGCAAAGGAGAGUCCGAUUUUUGCUCUCGCUUCAUGUCCAAACACGUCAGGUCACAAACACGUUUACCUUGAGUGUGUUUUUCCCCCUGACGGUAACGUGUUUUUGACAUGUCGGAGGUUACUGUCAGUCACUCAGUAACAGUUUGUGUCACAAACUUUCCUCCCCUCUUACAGAGAAGCCGUUUGGACAUCCCAAUGCUGUGUUGUCUGAGGUCUGUGUGUGCAGUAGUACCCAGUGUGUGUCUCUAAGUGCAUCAAGGCCUUGAUGAGUGGCUGUAUUGACUUCAUGAAAACAUUGUGGUUAUUAUUGAUAUUCUUCAUGGGCUAAAAAAGGAGGAGAAAUACCUAAUGAGAAAAAGCAGUCGCUUGCUGACUCACAUUGGAAAAAGUGCCAAAAGGGCAGCAUUUAAAAGGUGUUGUUAUGAAACCACUACUCUGAAAUCCUUUUUAAAAGAUCACUUGAAGCAUUGUGUAUUCUUCAGUUUUAGAGCUAGUCGGAAAGCUUACCAAUAGUUUCUAUUGUUUCUGUAAGUCUAUGUACACGUAAAUAUGCGACUGCGGUGGUUUAAUAUUAUUACGCUCACCUUAGGUGGAGAAAAUGUUUACAGAGGCCAUGUUUUGUUACACUAAUGUGCAUCACCAUAUUUAUGUUUAAUGCAUCUGCGUCUUUUCAGUCUUUGUUUUUGAGCCUGUUUUUUUGCCCCCCCCCCCCACCACC